UCCCUCACCUCUCCUCUCCUCUAGGUGCUGAUGAUGGGGGAACCCUUCUUCGACUGUCAGAUCGGCAUCGUGGGCGUCCGGGCGCUCUGCCUGAAAGGCAUCAUGGGAGUGCGGGACUUUGAGGAGAACUUGAACAGACGGGAGGAGGAUGCAGUGUUCUUCAGCUGUGGAGAGAGUCUGAGCAGUAAAGGCAUGACCUACCUGACCAACUCCCUGUUCGACUACCGCUCUCCAGAGAACAACGGUGUCAGAGCAGAGUUCAUCCUGGAUGCCACCAAUCACAAGGUCAGAACUCACACAGGCCUUAUCGUGCACAAUUAUUAUCAUGGUAUUACACAUUACUGA